AUGUCAUCGCAACAACAGCGGUACUCGAUCGUACCGGGAUUUGGUCCAGCAGCAUCUCAAUCAAUUGGAGAAAGAGAAGGGAGGUAUACAGAUUAUCCAGAUGUCACGAUGGGGAAUAGAAGAAGUUCAGGAUUUGAUUUCGAUAAUUUUGGAGACGCAAGAUAUCCUACAGUGAGACCUUCCUCCCUCUGUGAAUCCUCACCCUUGAGCUUUCAGCUGCCAGUCCCUUCCAUGUGA